GUGGCAAGGCACUUUUUGUGUGUAGUGUGUGUCAAGAGGAACGAAUUUGGUCUUCUUGUCUGUCCCGCAGAAAUUCGUAAAAUUUGCCUUCUUUUCGGACAUUUCGUCGCCGUCGCGGUGGUUCGCUAUGUAGCACAGGUGCCGUCGGAACCGCGAGUGCCAAAAUUCCGUCUGUGACCGCGCGAUCCGGGUCGGAAAAGUGGAGUUCUUUUUUGUUCGAUGGUGAAUUCUUUUGUUGUUGGAGUGCCACCACCAUCAGCAAUAACAGCAACAACAGCAGCAGAGCUAGUGGUGGAAGAAGAUUCGUGUUUCGAAGGAAGAGAAGCCAGCAGAAGAAGACGUGUCGUAGGUUGUCGUCGUCGUCGUCGUUGUGGAAUAGAGUGCAUUUUUGGGGGGCCUGACGACGGGGUUCCGGGGAAUCGGGUUCUGCCCGUCAGAUCAUAUGUCUGUGGGUCCCCGGCUGGCUGCUGGCAGUCGCUGCUUGCAGAUCCGGGCACGUCAAGUUCGGGGUUGGGCUGGGCUUUUGCCAAGUCAAAACAUUGCUAGAUAAAAACACAGAAGGAAGAAGAAGCAGGCGGGGGAGAAGGCUAUCUUCGAACGAGCAAGCGCGGCGGACACGGCUCCAGAAUGACAACCCUGAUGGACGAGGAUCGCCGCCGCAGGCUGAUGGCGCUCGAGGAGAAGAUCCGCGAUCCGAGUUACAUUGCCAAUCUGGAUUGCCUGCUGGAUACGGUGACGGCGCUGGUGGCGGAUUGCGAUCACGACAAUGUAAAGAUCAUCAAAAACAUCGAGACCUAUAUCAAACGAUACAAAGACCUGGCCCGGGAAAUCAACGAUUUGCGCAUGAAACCGGACGACUUCAUCCCAAUCAAGCUGAUCGGCCGCGGUUCGUUCGGCGAGGUUCAGCUAGUGCGGCACAAAUCUUCGAAGCAGGUCUAUGCCAUGAAGCGCCUGUCCAAGUACGAGAUGAUAACCCGCUCGGAUACGGCCUUCUUCUGGGAGGAACGCUUCAUCAUGGCCCACGCCAACUCGGAGUGGAUCGUCCAGCUGCACUUUGCCUUCCAGGACAGCAAGUACCUGUACAUGGUGAUGGACUACAUGCCGGGCGGGGACAUUGUCAGUUUGAUGAACAUCUACGAAAUUCCGGAGAAGUGGGCCAUCUUCUACACGAUGGAAGUGGUGUUGGCGCUGGACACGAUCCACAAUAUGGGUUUUAUUCAUCGGGAUGUCAAGCCGGACAAUAUGUUGCUGGAUAAGAAUGGACAUCUGAAGUUGGCGGACUUUGGCACGUGCAUGCGGAUGGGACCGGACGGGUUGGUUCGGUCGUCGAACGCCGUCGGAACACCGGAUUACAUCAGUCCGGAAGUGCUGCAAUUCCAAGGUGCUCAGGGCUACGGGCGUGAGUGCGAUUGGUGGUCGGUGGGGAUAUUCUUGUACGAAAUUUUAAUUGGGGAUACGCCGUUUUAUUCGGACAGUUUGGUGGGAACCUACGGAAAGAUUAUGGACCAUAAAAACUCGUUACACUUUCCGGAAGAUGCUCCUAUAAGUGAAAAUGCCAAAUCGCUUAUCAAAGGUUUUCUGACCGAUCGCACCCAGCGGUUAGGACGUCACAGCGUGGACGAAAUCAAGUGUCAUCCGUUCUUCCAGAACGAUGUUUGGACGUUCGAAAACCUCCGGGAAUCGGUUCCUCCGGUAGUACCGGAACUGAGCGGUGAUGACGAUACUCGAAAUUUUGACGAAAUAGAAAAGAAAAACAGCGUGGAAGCGAACUUUCCCACUCCGACGACGUUUUCCGGUGACCAUCUUCCGUUCGUAGGAUUUACCUACACCGGCGAUUAUCAGUUACUUAGUGGGACUUCCCAGGACAAUGUGGACAACAAAACCACGGCUCUGAAUUCAUCACAUCGUAAUCACCAUCGGCAUCGAUCGUCGAACAAUGCCGAACUGAUGCGAAUGGAAAAUAUGCUUCAAAGGGAACGGAACACGAUAGAAAUGCUGGAGAAGCAAGAGCGGACACUCCGUCAGCAGAUAGAGCUCAUCACCCAGAGGGAAACCGAUAUUCAAAAUCUGGCCAAUACUUACGAGAAGGAACUCACAAUGCUUAAGCACAACUACCGGGAAAUGCAACGGAAGGCUGAUAGCGAACAGGAAACUCGAAGAAAGAUGGAAAACCUUCUGCUGGAGACAAAGCAGCGCCUGGAAGAGGAGAAGAGCAAACGAACUCGAGAGAUGAACAACAACCAACAGUACAACGACAAGAUCAACAUGUUGGAGAAACAGUUGUUGGAUAUCCAGGAAAAGUAUAAAAACGAAACGGAGAACAGCCAGAAGAUGAAGAAGCAACUGGCAGAGUUGCGGUUGUCCAAGUCGGACGUUGAACAGAAGGCGAACGAUCUGCAGUCGCUACUGACGGGCCUCCAAGCUGCCCGGGAUGCCCUCCAGCAAGAAGUGGCCGAUCUGCAGACGCGCCUAGCCCAGGAGCGCAACGCCCGCAUUCAAAUGACCGAAUUGCAGAAGGAACUCGAAGGAAAGAUCCACUCGCUGGUGGGCGAUCUGGAUCGAUCGGUAACGCGGGAACAGCAGGCCAUGGAAGACAACCGGAGCCUGUCGGACAAGAUUUCCGAGCUGGAGAAGGAGAUCGCUUCGAUCGAGUGCGAACUGAAAGCGGUGCAAAGCCGGUACCAUCAGGAAGUGAAGGCACACCAGGAGACGGAAAAGUCUCGACAAUUGAACAACGAAGAGGCUAACAUGCAGGAGGUUAAGGCACUUCAAACAAAACUGAACGAGGAGAAGGUGGCUCGUCAGAAAGCGGAGCAAAACUCCCAGGAGAAGGAACGGCAGAUUUCGAUGCUCUCUGUAGACUACCGGCAGAUUCAGCAGCGAUUGCAAAAACUCGAAGGAGAAUACCGGCAGGAAUCAGAGAAGGUUCUAGCGCUCCACAGUCAACUGGAGCAGGAGCAAAGUAAAAAGAGCAGUUUGCUGUCGGAACUCAGUCUACAGAGCUCGGAGGUGGCGCACCUCAAGGCGAAGGAGACACAGCUGGUGAAGGAGGUUCAGCAGUUUCGGGAGACUAAGCGCAAGUACGAAGAAGACAUCGUCAAAAUCAAAAAUGCUCAUAAUGUGGACAUUCUACAGAUGAAAGAACUUCAAGAUCAACUGGAAGCGGAGCAGUACUUCUCUCGUCUUUACAAAACUCAAAGCAACGAAGUACGUGAAGAAAUGGAAGAGAAGACCAGGCAGAUCCAGGACUUGGAGGAGGAACGAACAUCGGUAUUGCAUCAGCUCCAAUUGGCCAUAGCUCGGGCAGAUUCGGAGGCACUUGCUCGUUCCAUAGCCGAAGAAACCGUUGCCGAUCUGGAGAAGGACAAGACGAUGAAGGAGCUGGAACUGAAGGAUCUUAUAACGAAGCAUCGUAACGAGCUUGCAACCAAAGAAGCGGCACUGACGUCACUUAAGGAUCUAGAAACCGAAAUGAACAAAAAGCUAAACAACAAAGCAUUCGAGCUGGACGAUCUUACGCAGCAGCACAGGAAAAUGCAGGACGAGCUCAGCGUGCUGAAGAGCGAACAGAGCGAGAUGGAGAAACUGCGCGUCAAACUCAAGACUGAGACUAUCCUUAAGCAGCAGGCCGUGAACAAGCUGGCGGAGAUCAUGAACCGGAAGGACAACAACCUCACCGGCAAGCAGAAGAGCAAGGUCAACUCGACGGCCGAUCUGCGCAAGAAGGAGAAGGAAAACAAACGGCUGCAGCAGGAGCUGUCGGUGGAACGGGCCAAGUACGACGAGCUGUGUCUGAAGCACAACGAGACGAUCAGUCAAUUAUCAAGGGAAAUUGAUAUCAAAACCAAACUUCAGAUGGAGAUCGAGUGCAAGGCGACGGAAAUCGAACACCUGCAGAUGAAGCUGAACGAAACGGCAUCGCUGUCGUCGGCCGACAACGAUACCAUGGAGGACAACCAGGACGCCAUGUUCGAAGGCUGGCUGAGUGUACCGAACAAGCAGAACAUCAAGCGGUACGGCUGGAAGAAGCAGUUCGUGGUGGUUUCGCCCAAGCGGAUCAUCUUCUACAGCUCCGAGGUGGACAAGCAGAACACCAGUGAUCCGUUGCUUAUCAUCGACUUAAGCAAAGUGUUCCACGUGAGACCGGUCACGCAAGGGGAUGUCAUCCGGGCGGAUCCCAAAGAAAUUCCACGAAUAUUCCAGCUAUUGUAUGCCGGAGAAGGAGAAGCUAGGAGACCCGACGAACAGCAGCUGUUAGAUGUCAGUUCAUCGAAGGCGGACGAACGGCCACUGACGUUGCAGUACAAAGGUCACGAAUUUCUGCAGAUUAGUUACCAUAUACCAACCACGUGUGACCUACCGUCUUGCCAGAAAGCCCUUUGGCAUGUGUUUAAGUCUUUACCUGCCUACGAAUGCAAAAGAUGCCGCUUCAAGCUGCACAAAGAGCACGUGGACAACAAUAAUCCGCUGGCGCCGUGUAAGCUGCAUCAUGACCCCAACCAUGCCCGGGAGAUGCUUCUGCUGGCGACCUCCAAUGAGGACCAGGCCCGGUGGGUGAGCCGACUGUCCAAGCGUAUCCAGAAGAGUGGAUACAAGGCCAACUCGACGAACAACCUGCAGCAGGGCGGCAGCACCGGUAGCAGUAGCAGUGGCAACGGGGAUGGUAGCAAAAUUAGUCCAAGUCAAUCGACACGUUCCAAUUACAAGCCGUACGCUGUGAAUGUGCAACGGUCAGCUACUCUACCGGCGAACGCUUCGCUAAAACAGCAACAAUAGACGGAGGAGAUCUUCCAUCAGUGUAACUACUACUACUACUACUAUUACUACAGCUACUACUACUACUAUCAACCAACAUCUUCCUAUUCUUCAGACAAAUUUUAAAACAACACAACAAGAAUAUGGGCUAGAAUGUGUUUAACAGCUGCUGUUAGUGGUAUAACAACAACAACAACAACAACCAUCCAUUUCGUUAAGACAACCAAAUGCUCACGACAGAUAUAACUACCAUACACACACACACAUACCCAUCCGCAACUACUAGCUCAAAACCCCUUCAUCAAAUGUGAACUAAAAUCAAAAAUUAGACCCAAAAGUCUGUCAUCGUGUGUAAGGAUAUCCAAAACAGAACAGAAAAGUCGAGCAAUAUUUGUAGCAAAGAAAAACAGAGAAACGGAAAACACCAAUCAACUACUACAGUAGGAAUGAAGAACCAGUAGAUUAGUAGGAAAAAAGAGGAAAAAGGAACAGUCAUGUUUUGUUUUAAGAGUUGAGUCAGUAGUAGAGCACGCGAGCGCAUUUAUUAAGCAAAAGAAUGAAGCAUAUUAACGCUGAUAGGAUUUUUUUUAGUACUCGUAUACAAAAUAACUUUAUAACCUGUCGUUUAGUUUACUUAGGCUGGAAGCGGGACUGUCUGGAAAAAAGGUUACUGUUUUACACCGUUGUUGAAGACGUAUUUCUGUCUAUGCGAGGUAAGUUUUAGAAGAUCGGGUCUUUAUUUCAUACUUCGUCGAUGUAAAAAUUGUACAAAAUUUUAUUGAAACUGUUAAACAAAAAGUCAACGCACGUGAAUGGGAUGUUUUUUUUAAUUCUGAUUUUGGAUUUACUUUAUGCCCUACUAGCGUUUUCUGACCGUUUGGAUAAUCUUCGUGGCCGCGCAUUUGUAAGGUUCAAACUUACUCGUUAUUCUAAAACAAUUAUAUGUGUUUUCUAAUGUGGAAUUUCUGCUGAUGACAUGUGAUGUUGGAUCUCCUAUUCUUCAUUACACGAAGAAACCUAAUCUCAACAUGUUGAGUUUGACAAAUAUCUGAUCAUUUUUAUCAAGAAGGUUCUUCAUUCUGUUGUAAUGAAUAAUCGAAGACCACUUUAUCAAGAAGGCUUGGAGCGCUGUACUUUUCCCAUGCAAACGUCAAGCGUCGAUGACGACAAUGCGUCCUGCUAGGCUAAAGUGGUUCCUCUAUUUGAAACUAUAAGUGUAUAGUAUGAAAUCUCACACACACUGUCAUGAAUAGUUCCAUCUUCAUCCGUUGGGAGUGCUGUUAACAGGUUCUCUAUUUAUUCAGCAGUUAUGUGAGUCUUCUUGAUAAAGUGCUCUUCGAAAGAAUGCGUUUUUACUUGUUGUUUUUGUUCGAGGACUAGCAGAAUCUGAACCAGGUUCGGGAACAAAAUGAAAAUACGUCUUUUCUACUACAAAACUGAACGCAAAAAGAAUGAUUUUCAUUCAAAUUCAACAUACAAAAUAGUACAUAAAAGCAACCAGGUUGCAGCGAUCGAUUUUCACGUCAACGACUAAAAUUCAAACCUAUGUUGCCAUUAGCAACCGCAUCGUCAUGUUUAUCAUCGUCAUCACGUUGAUGUUGCGCUAGGGUGUGCCACCUCCAACUGUUUUGAACUUCAUAGAGCAUUGUGAAUGUUGUUCAACUUUAAAUCAAUUAGAUUUUUUAUAUUUUUUUUUUCAAUUUUUCGAUAUUCUAUCAAUUUAAAAUACGUCGUUCCAGUACCCGUUUCUAGCUAACAAAUUUACUUCAUGCCUCUUAACACGGAAACAUUCCUGAACGCUAUACUUCCCACGUAUAUUUUUGUGUAUAGAUUCGCCAACAUUUCAAAACACACACACACUGACUGAUGUUACGUUUUACAAUACCUAGGCUUUUCCAUAAUGCAACUAAUUCUCCGCCUUCAUUCGAAUAUUGUUUUUUCUCCUUCAUCGCUGUUGCUUUUCCCACAAAAAUAACACAAUUCAUUACUUUCGAGCGCUCGAAAAAAAAGCGCAAAAGGCGCGACCACUAAUUUAGGUGUGGAACAGUUUUUGAUUGGUUCGUAAAUUAUUCUUCGUUAUUUUUACCUUAAGAAACAAAAGAAAAAAGCAAAACAGCAAGGCUAAGGUGUAACUGAUACAGGCAAAUGAUGGAAAGAGAAAAAAAGUAGGGCGAAAAACAAAUUAGCAUUUGUUCUAGUUUCUUCUAGCGAUAUAAGGUGGUUUUUAUACUUAGGAAUUAAAACUAGAACAACGGAGUGCAAGAGAAAGCGAGUGACUGAAUGAAUCAGAAUGAAAGAGAGAAUGUUUUAACGGCGGAGUUCUAAAUUCCCAAAACAUGAAACAAUAACUUGCUAGUGCGUAAUACAAUUUAUAACAAGUAGUGAACGAAAAAAAGAUGAGGAGCAUUCGAAUGUGCAGCUAAUCCUUGUUAUUGAACGUAGUAAGAUGGGAAACUCAAACUGUAUUUUCUUAGCUAGCUAGCAUUUACAUUUACAUCUUUUCUUGUCACACUUAUUUAGAAGACGACAAAACACAGUCCGUUGAGAAGUUGUACAAUGUGAGAAAUUCGUUGAGUCGUAUGUAUAUGCAUAUAAUACUAAGUGGAUAUUUUUACUAAAGUAACCAUUUUAUAUUGUAUAAUAGUUGAAACCAAUUCCAAUACAAAACAAGUGCCUUUAAAAUGUAAAACAAAAGAAAACGUAAUAUAAAUACACUAAUUUCAUGUAACGAAACACAACUAGACAAGCAGAAUGAAGCAUGGACCAUAUUUUCAUACCAAUAAUUAACACAAUUCGAUAAUAAAACCCGUAAACUACUACUGUUAGUACGAUUAUAUGGCGCAAGAAUCAAACCAACUUUGUGAGCUUUAGAUAAAUGCAUCAACAACAUUUGUUUCUUUCAAUCAAUUGAUCGGCUCAUCUAAUAUAUAUGAAAAUGGAAAAUGAUUUUCUUGUAUGAAA